GUCGAGGGCGCUUGGAGGCGACGGCGGCGCGGGCGGGUCGGUUAAACGGACGCGGCGGCGGAGCGAGCUGCGUGUCCCUCUUGCUCUGCACCACGCCCGCUCCGUUCCGCACAGAGCCGGUCCCGCGGCGCCCGCCAAAGUGGCAAUCAUGAGUGACCGAAAGGCAGUGAUUAAGAAUGCGGACAUGUCGGAAGAGAUGCAGCAAGAUGCUGUGGAGUGCGCGACUCAGGCCUUGGAGAAGUACAACAUUGAGAAGGACAUUGCUGCUCACAUAAAGAAGGAGUUUGACAAGAAAUACAAUCCCACUUGGCACUGCAUCGUGGGAAGGAACUUUGGCAGCUACGUGACUCAUGAGACCAAGCACUUCAUCUACUUCUACCUCGGCCAAGUCGCUAUUCUCCUUUUCAAGUCUGGUUAGAACCACGGACUGUUACUGAAACUUGCACCCGGUUACAGGACUGUGUGCUGACUCCUCUGACUAGUUACUGCAGCCUUCCUGAGGACGCAGACCUUGAUCUUCAAGGGCAAUGGCAGGGAUUAUGCUAUAGCAGAUGAUGUUACAAUGUGGAUAUAAAAAGGAAAAAUACCAAAAAAGUCUUCCUUGUAUUUAUUUUUUUUCAGAAGGCUGCUUCUUUGCUAGUAGAGCUGUUGGAGCAGUUUUGCCUUUGAGAGUUUUAUAGCCAUCUACAGUAUUGCCCAAUUACUGCUUGUGCUAUGUAAGUACUGAUGGUGUUUAGCUCUUUCUGUUCCAAACCUCUCUUGUUCUUACGAUUUGUUUUUUGAUACUUUCCCCUCUUGUGUUGCCGGAUGUGCUGCCCCAAACCUGAGCUGUUUCUUUCUUUGCUGCUGCCCCUUGGAGCGCCGCCCUGGAAAUAAAGGACGAGAUCUGCCCCC